GAAAGGGGAAGAAGAGCAAGUGUGUGUCGGCAAUGGCGGACAAGCCGAGCCGCGCGCUGGUGCUCUACGCCGCCGGCCACGCGGCGCUGCUCCCUCGGGCGGCGGCGGCGGCGGGGAAGAGCCACCUCGACGCCUUCGCCGCCCGCGCCUCCUGCGGCUUCCUCUCCCUCCGCACCCCCGCCACCACCACCGUCAACGAUGCAGGAGAUAAGAGCAGCGACACGAUCCUCGAGCUGGCGCAGCUGCUCGACGUGUACGACGGCCUCUACCCCGCCCCGGUGGAUCCGCAGGACCUACUACUUCCAAAGCUAUCCGAGAGGUUUAUGGGGAUGAGAGCUGCGAUGGUCACCAACUGCCCCGCCGUCAACUCCUUCGCGGCGAGCCUCGGCUUCCAUGUCUUCGGGGCCGAAGACUUCGCCGCGCAGUCCGGUUCAGACAGCGGCGGCUCCAAGGACACCAGAGUAAUCAGCCGGGCGUUAGGUCUGCUCGGAUUCUCUGACGGGGGUGUGCAGGAUUCCUGCGAAUUCGAUCUGGUGUUUGUGCACGUCGCGACGGAGAGCACCGCCGGCAAGCUGGGGAAACUGGGGAUGAGGACGGAUCUCAACCGGCUCGACAAGUUGGUGGCCGCGGUCAUGGAAGCUGCGCCGGCCGGUUCGCCUGUCGCCGCGCGGGUUCAUGUGUCCGUGGUCCUGAGCUAUGGGUCUGCUACUGAGAACAAGGAAGAGUCGUGCCUCAUCGUGAACAUGUCGAGCGAAACUGAUUCUGACUUGAGGUUGCUUCGGCCGCGCCAGAGCUACACUAUGAAGGCAGGGAACACGUUGGAUGAUGUCAGGAAUCAUCAUCCAAUGCUACUGGCGCAGUGGCAGGAAGGAGUAACUCGUUCUGAUUUGGCCAAAGAGUUCUCCUUUGAGGAAUUUAUAAAGCACGCCGGAAACUUUGCUAUGCUUGCAGAGCGCUUUCUGCACGAAGUUGCAUUUAAGCUCUGGAAAGCACCAAAAUAUGGAGCUUAGUUCUGUCUGAGGAGGUUCUCUCUUAAUAAGGAUGCUAGAUGAGUACUUUUUUCAAACGGGUAUUGCGCAAGCGCAGAUAUUGCAAAUAAAUGAGCUUUGUAAUCUCCUAAGGUCCUCAUAUGGUACUAUACAUGUUACAUGCCGCAAUAUACCAAGGACUCAUAGGCGUCAUUUCUAGUUA